GUGAAUGGGAUUGGAAGAAUCUGACUGUGUGGAGAGAUAGCAGGGAGACUCAGCCAUGGCUUAUAAUAACUCCCUGCACGAGCAUCUGAUCUUCUGCAUCACCCUGCCACUGUCUACUGCCAUCAUCCUGGCCAACCUGCUUAUCAUUGUGGGCAUCGCCUGCAACCGGCAGCUGCACAACACGCCCAACUACUUCUUCCUGAGCCUGCUGGUGGCGGCCUUGUGCACGGGCGUGGCCCUGCCCUUCAUCCCGCGCAUGGGCCUCAACCGCAGACUGAACUUCUGCACCUGCCUGCUGGUGCACAUCUUCCCCAACUUCCUGUUCCUGUCCUUCCUCUUCAACCUGGUGAUGGUGCACUUCGAGCGCUACCUGUGCAUCGUCAGGCCUCUGCACUACAGCCAGUUCUGGGUGCACCGCUGGUUCCCGCUGGCGCUGCUGACCGUCUGGGUGCCGCCCCUCCUCUACGCCUCGCUGCCUGCCUUCGGCUGGAACAACAGCCCCGCCAGGGGCGCCAACUCGUCCACCUGCUCGGACCUGCGGGAGGAGGACUGCUCCUACAGGCUGGUGUUUCCCAAAGCCUUCAUCUACCUGGAGGUAUAUGGGCUGCUGCUGCCUGCCAUCAUGUCCAUCGUGGGCAUGACAGGGCGGGUGCUGUGGAUCGCCCGGGAGCAGGUACGGGACAUGUGCAAGCUGCACCGCACCGUGGAGCGUGCGCAGGUGUCCGAGCAGGAGCACCGGCUCAACCUGCGCUACGCCAAGUGCCUGGCAGCCGUCUCCCUCACCUUCCUGCUGUGCUGGGUGCCCUACAUCAUCUACCUGCACGUGUCGGUGGUUCUGCUGGAGAGGAAUGGGGAGGCGCUGGGCGGCUCCACCACACACAUCAUCCUGUCCUGCACCGGGAUUGGGAGCAUGGCCGUCAUUCCCGUCAUCCUGGGCCUGGCGAACCGGCAGUACACCGACCCCCUCCACAAGCUCCUGCAGAGGGUCCGCUGCCGCUGGAGGAGGACUCAGCCCUCCGCCGACAUCCAGCUCUGA